AGGAAACGGGCUCCGUACUUAAUAACCAGAGUUACAUUACAAAAUAUUAAGGUGAACUUGACCAAAUUCUGCUCCAUCAUACAAAUAUUUUUUAAAUCAACCAGUGGGAUUUCGUGGAUUCCUUUUUCUUCAUUUUCUUUGUCUACAUUGAGACUUAAACAGUAAACAGAGGCUCGGUUGUGGUUUGGUUUCUCAGAGGGAAUCCAUGGUGGGCUUUUCCUGACUUACCGUCAGCCCAGCGCACUAAGCUGCUCAGCCUCUGAAUGAACUGAUCCGUCAGUCCGCCUUAAGCACGAGGCCUUUCAGCCUGAUUUAGUGCGGCUUUUAUAUAUUUGAUUUGAAUAUCAAAACAAAAGGAUAGAAUCAAAUAAAUGUUGCAACUGCGUCAUCCAGCAGCCUGCCCUCGUAUCCAUUUAUUUAUUUGUUUAUUUUCUAGCGUCACGUGACCCGCUAAUCCUGCGCGUAUUUCCGCGUGACGAGCUCCUCAUCAAUGACUCCCCAUGGAGGAUCUCCUCCUCCUGCUCCUCCAGCCGCAUCCGCCCGCCCUCCCGCUCUGCACACCGCGUAACCCGAUGCUCUCCUCCUUCUUCACCUCCUCCAUCUGAUUCUCCAUCGAGUGGAUCAGCGGCGGCCGUUGUGGGGGGGCAUCCGGGCAAAGGGAGCCGCGCCGGCGCGCACCGGCCCGCGGACGCCGCACCACGACGCGCCAACGGCGGCAACAUGCUGAGCCGGGUCAAGACCGCCGUGGCCGGCUUCAUGGGCGGCAUCGUGGCCGGGGGCGGCUCCGCGGGGGGCGGCGGCCACGCCGGCGCGGACAUGCCGCUGAAAUUCCCCUACAUGCGGCCGGACUUCCUCGGACUGUCCACGGACGAGAUCGAGUGCUCCGCGGACCACGUCGCGCGGCCCAUCCUCAUCCUGAAGGAGACCAGGAGAUUACCGUGGGCCACCGGAUACGCUGAGGUGAUCAAUGCCGGGAAGAGUGCACUGAACGAAGACCAAGCCUGCUGUGAGGUGGUUGUGGCGAGGAGGAGACCCAUGAGUUACUGUCCACCCUCCACCCCCAGCAAGACCCCCACCGCCAAGAGGAGGAACUCUCUGCCCAACGGAGAAGGCCUGGGGCUUCGGAUGGAGCACAGCAGGAUGGGAGAGGACAGUGAAGGCCUCAUUUUUCACUACUGGGCUCUGUUCGACGGGCACGCCGGCUCGGGUGUGGCGGUCAUGGCCUCCCGCCUGCUGCAGCACCACAUCGCCUGCCAGCUGCAGGCCGUCAUAGAGAUCCUGCGGGACCUGCACUCUCUGCCCCCGACUGUGAUUGGGGAGGAGCCGGACAGUAACCCGUACCUCCAGGGAAGCACCCCGGGGCCGCACAGGUCGCUGAAUCGGGCCGCCUCCCUGCGCGGGGCGGCAGGGGCCCCCAGCUCCCCGUGCAAUACCCCACCUCCCCCACGCUUCUUCACUGAGAAGAAGAUCCAACACGAGAGCCUGGUGGUCGGAGCCAUAGAGAACGCCUUCAAAGAAAUGGACGCCCAGAUCGAGCGAGAGAAGCAGGUCUAUAACAUCAGCGGAGGAUGUACAGCACUCACUGUGGUUUACCUGCAGGGAAAGCUUUUCGUCGCCAACGCGGGGGACAGCAGAGCCAUCAUCAUCAGAAGCAAUGAGAUCAUUUCCGUGUCGACAGAGUUCACGCCAGAAUCAGAACGACGGCGACUUCAGUUCCUGGGUUACAUGCAGCCUCACCUGUUGGGGAACGAGUUCACGCACCUGGAAUUCCCCCGCAGAGUUCAGAGGAAGGAGGUGGGCAAAAGGAUGCUGUACAGAGACUUCACCAUGAACGGCUGGGCGUACAAGACCAUAGAGGAUGAAGAUCUGAAGUUUCCUCUCAUAUACGGUGAAGGGAAAAAGGCUCGAGUUCUGGCCACGAUCGGUGUGACGCGUGGCCUCGGCGACCACGACCUCAAAGUUCACGACUCCAACAUUUACAUCAAGCCCUUCCUCUCCUGUUGCCCUGAGGUGAAGGUGUACAGUCUGGUGGAGUACGAGCACGGCACGGACGACGUUCUGGUGAUGGGAACCGACGGCCUCUGGGACGUCUUAUCCAAUGAGGAAGUAGCAGAAGCCGUCACCUCCUUUCUUGCCAACUGCGACCCUGACGACCUGCACAGGUACACGAUGGCGGCACAGGACCUGGUGAUGCGAGCGCGAGGGAUUCUGAGAGACCGGGGGUGGAGGAUCACCAAUGAGCGUCUGGGCUCUGGAGACGACAUCUCCGUCUUCAUCAUCCCUUUGAUGUACGGCAACCGUCAGCUCUGAUGAGCAGAGGCGCCGCAGCUCAAGAACCCCAAGAGCCUGUAGACUCAGCAGAAACGAUGAGUCAGGAGAAACCUUUCCUGUCCCUCCUGUAGUUCGUUAGAGCAAACAGGUCAAGAGGCGAUGCUGCGGAUGGCCUGUUUACGAAAAAUGCUGCAUCCUUAACUUCCAUAGUUGUAAAAACUAUAAAAAGAAAAGGGGAAAAAAGUUUUUUCCAUGCUUUUUGUUCCCCUCCGUCAUUGUGCUCAGCUCUUCCUUCUUGCCUCGUUCAUGUGGUACUGUCUGUUUUAAAGAAAUACCUCCUUUUUCAUCAUGCGAACUCGGACCAAGCUGACAGGUCAGCUGCUCUUUCUCGUUUUUCGUUUUGUUUUGCCACAGUGUGGCUUUGAAUAUUCCAUCUGAACUGCUUCCAGAAAAGUUCAGGUCCAGAAGGGGCUAAAAAAAAUGAAAAACAAGAUCAACUUCAGUUCUUCUAUUUCUCUCUCGUUUGAAGAGAUACUAGUGGGAAUGGAGAGAUUUUGGAUGAAGAUUUGAUAUGCAAAAAAGUGCGAGUGAAAGUGUUUACAUUACGAGCCAUUUGAUCAAACAAAAGGACUACAAAUGUUGUGGAUUUAAAUCAAGUUUCACUUAAAUUUUUGGACAUUAGAAAGCUAAAAUAUACAUUUUGUAGCUUUAAGGAAAAUCGUGGAAAUAUCGAGAUUUAUAUUGCAAAAAAGAAAAAUAAAGCACAAAUUUUUGUUGAUCAGUAAA